UCAGAUCCAGCAUGCUGAGGCUCAACUUGAAGUUUCGUGCCCUAUGCUCUUUCUGCAUUCUCUCCUACUUCUUAUAUGCCAGUAUGCUACAGACUGAAAAUAUCAUGCAGCAUAUAACCCUCAGCUCUCUUUCCGAAUUCCAAGUAUCUGGGCUCACCGGGUCUUGUAGGCACCGAGCCUGCUGGUCUGCUUCCCAAUACCCGCUCUCUCAUAUAGAUUUUUCUUUGAGACUCCUG